GACAGACCGUGAACUCUUCACAUGCCGGAUGGAAGAGGGGUGGAAACAUUCCGAAAACCCCACAAAAGAGCCUUUCUAAGGGAUUCUGGUCGCAAUAAAAUAGCGAUUGUUUUGAACGUAUGUUUACAUUGAAGACCAGCAGAAGUGAAGAAAAUGACCAGCGAACCCGAGGAGGCAACGGCAGAGGUCUCGGAGCCUGCUGCCGCACAAAGCGCGAGCGAGCCGGGGAACUUACUGGAAGUUACUUUCCAGAGGAACCCCCGUCAAAAAUACAAAUACCUGGAGGCAGAACCCAAGAUAUUAGGGGUGACCGAAAUCGCGCUGGCUGUCUUCCUUGUUGGCAGAAUCCCCCUUUUUAUAGGAAUAACCGGAUUUAAUUUACAAUGCUUAACUCUGUCAUUUUCAUUUGUUGGCAUAAUUGCUGGCGGUGUAGCGAUAGCAGCACAGAAGCUUCAUCUGCGGACACUCAAGGCUUGUUUGGGAAUGCAGGUGGUCACAUGUGUGGCAUAUAUCGUAAGUCUUAUGGAAACAUUUUUACGGGACCUACACUUUAUUAGCUGCCAGGAUCCUUAUUUUUUCGGGAUAACACAUGGAAAUGACACAUGUGUACAAUUAGAGAAGGGAUUUCGUCUGCUGUAUUCAAUAGAUGAGCUCACAGAGGUGACUCAGAUUGUCCUCUCUGCCACACUAGCUGCGUACUGCUGCAAGGUGAUUCCUUGCUGCUCUCCCAGAUCUCAUGUGCCCGUCAUCGUUAUGACGCCACCCACAACUCCGCAAUGAAAGUGAGAGUGUGUGCAUCUAAAAAGACUAAUAUUACUAAUAAAUCUCAAUCUUAGAACAAAUAAUUAGACACAAAAUAAUACAUUAUACCUUUGUUAAACAUAACAUCACUAAUAUAUAUAUAUA